AUGCCGCUGCAGAGCAGAGGGAAGGGGAGAAGGGGAGUGAAGCAGCAGCAGCAGAGAAACGCAGCAGAGAGCCAAGCCAAAGUGAUGUACCGGAAAGCAGCCCUGGAGGUCGACAUGCUGAACGAGCACAUGGUUCCCUGGAGGGGCAUGGCCUGGCAGGCAAGCACUGACCACGAAGGGCUCAAGCGGAGGCUGCGGGACCUGGAGAAGGCGCUGGAGCAGGCGCGGGAAGACAAGCGAGACAUGCACGAAGCUGCCAGCCUCCGGGAGCGUCAGCUGGCCCAGGAGAUGGCUGCCCAGGCGCUGGCCGAGAAGGAUGUGACCAUCACCCAGCUGCAGAGCAGGCUUGAUACCAUGGAGAUGGAGUAUGAGAAGAUCCUCCAUGGCAGCCUGGACCUUGUCUUGGCCAAGCUGGCAGGGGCCAGCCAGUACUGGGAGGAGAUGGGUACAUCCAUCUCCCUGGAGAACAAGGAGCGCCUGCAGGAGUUUGGCCUCAACCCCCUGGAGAUAUAG